CGGGUUCGGUAUUCACUGGCAUAGCAACGCUGUCAACACCAAGAACUUGAAGAAGGAGCCGUUGCGUUGAAAGAUGGACCAAACUAAAAGGCCGCUUCUUAUUCCUCCGGAAUUCAGUACAUACGCCGAGGAACAUGGAAUUUUCGAUAUGUACAAGAGGUUGAUGGAGCAAUUGAUUGUAAACAAACCAAGUGACCCUUUGGCAUUUCUUGUGGAACAGCUGAAAAAAGAAAAUGACGAUGUACCACAGGUCAUUAUCCUGGGACCCCCGGCCUCAGGGAAGAAGAGCAUCAGUAAACUGUGUGCCAACAAGCUGCGCACUGCGCACCUGACCACAGAAAACCUGAUUCAGGAGUCGGAGACUGACAUCAAGAUGAAAGUCAUGGACCUAAUCAAGAAAAAAGAGACUGUGCCAACAGAAAUAUGGGUGCAAAUCUUGACAGAGAGACUGAAGUUGAUGGACUGUGUUAAAAAAGGAUAUGUGUUGGAGGGGUUCCCCCAGACCAGAGAACAAGCACUUGCAUUACAAUCAGUGGGAAUCCACCCAAAACAUUGUGUUAUACUUGAUGCACCAGACACAGUUCUUAUUGAAAGGGCUCAAGGAAGAAGGGUGGAUCCGAAAACUGGAGACAUUUACCACACAACUUUUGACUGGCCUCCAAAUGCUGAGAUCCAGACGCGUCUGGAGGAGACUCCAGGUUACACGGAGGAAGACAUGGUCAACAAACUGAUUGAAUACCACAGACAUAUUGACGAAAUUGAAGAGUGCUACAGAAAGGUCAUCAAGAAGGUCAAUGCUGAUCAGCCAAAGGCAGAUGUUUUCUCACAAGUGUACUCCUAUCUGUGUGGCCAGCCCAGGUCCAAUGCUCCCCAUACCCCCAGGAUUGUACUUCUUGGACCCACAGGCUCAGGGAAAGGUGUACAGGCCGCUCUUCUGGCUAACAAGUACAACAUUGUCAACGUCUCCUCUGGUUCGUUAGUGAAACAAUCCAUCGCUGAUGAAACAAAGGCAGGACAAGCUGCUAAGGCUUACAUUGAGAAAUCUAUGAUGGGCGUGUUUGGAAAUGAACAGGUGGUUAAAUUGCCUGACAACAUUAUCCUGGACAUUAUGAGGGAGCGCCUGGCUCAGUUGGACUGUGUCAGUAGAGGGUGGGUCCUCCAUGGCUACCCACGUACCAGAGAACAAGCGGAGGCCCUCGCUAAAGACGGCUUUGUCCCCAACAGAAUCUUCUUCUUGGACGUUCCAAAUGAUUCUGUGAUUGAGCGGUUAACAUUACGAGCCACUGAUCCAAUCACAGGCGAGCGAUAUCACAUGCUAUACAACCCCCCACGGACUCAAGAAAUCAAAGAGAGGCUUCAGAAGCACCCCAAGGACAGCGAGGACGCGGUCCGCCGAAGGCUAGCCGAAUAUUCUGCAUAUGUAGAAGAACUUGCCGAUUACUAUACCGAGGGCCAACACGUAAACGCCGAUCAAGAUCCUCAUACAGUGUUUGAAUGUAUUGAGAGCAUGAUCGUAAAUCCACUGCCAAAACGGUUCUCUACGUAAUCUAGAUAGACUCAUUAGACUGUACCCAAGUGACUUUUUUCGAAAUUUGUAAAGAUUGUUUUAAUUAUUUUAUGAAGUUGAUGUUAUACAUGUCCUUUUCAUGUUAAUAUUUUGACAUUUAUUCUAAUACAUGUAUUGCAUACACAUGAAUGAAAUUGCAUUUUUAUUUGUUAUAUGUUCCUUGCAAUAAUAAUGUUGUACAUUUAUGCAAAUAUACUAUGAAAGAUU